UGCAACUCCAGAGCGGAGCUGUGGAGGGAACCCCCCAUCGGAUCUGGCCAUUAUAUCCAUACAUUUCUUUCCCCCAUCUCCUCCACCGCGGCGCUGCUGAGUGGGGAUCGCAACGAGCAGUGCGUCUUGGGCUGGUGAAGCACCCAGGAGAGGAUUAGGAAUCAAGCACGAUUUGAGUCAGAUUUUUUGGAAGGGGGUGAUCAUUUGGUAUCUGCGCCCCCUCUCCUUUUAUAAACAUUUUUUUAAUGGUGGUAGUGGUGUAUUUUUUCCACAUUUCUACCAAUCAUUCUUCUUAUUCCAAGCGCGCAAAGUCACAUCUGCGUAGGAGAGCGCUUGGCGCACUUCUUCCCCAAAGGACACAGAUAAGAUCUCAAUCAUUCUGUUUGGAUUUAAACUGGACGACUGGCUGAAUGGGUGACCUCGCUGAGACACACACCAUCACUGGCUUGCACCAAUUUUCUGGAAACGUGUUUUCUCGAUUGACCCGGAGUUGUGAUGUCCAAAGCCUUCCCCACUGACUGACAAACGGCGUCGUACGAUUUUGGAAUCGAGUUGAAGGCUGUGAGGACGGGGGGAAGAUGAGACCUCCCAGCCCUCUGCUGAUCCUGCUGUACAUCACGCUGUCCAAGAGUGUAAAGGUGGUCUCCAAGAGAGGCUCAGUGGACGGCUGUACAGACUGGUCAGUGGAUUACCUAAAGUACCGGGUGCUGCAGGGUGAGCCGGUGCGUCUGAAGUGUGCUCUGUUCUAUGGUUACAUCCGGGCCAACUACAGCCAGGCGCAGAGUGUUGGCCUCAGCCUCAUGUGGUACCGCAGCUCUGGCCUGGGACACAGUGACUUCGAGGAGCCAAUCUCUUUCGACGGCAUACGUAUGAGCAAGGAGGAGGACGCCAUCUGGUUCAGACCGGCUGACCUCCAGGACGCUGGCCUCUACUCCUGCGUGCUACGGAACUCCACAUACUGCAUGAAGGUGUCCAUGUCUCUGACUGUGGCCGACAACGACACAAACCUGUGCUACAACUCCAACAUGAGACGCAAUGAGAAGGCUGAGCUCAGCAAGAGUAAAGACAUCCUCUGUCCUGACAUCGAUGACUACGUCGAACCCGGCAAGGAGCCUGACAUCACUUGGUACAAGGAGUGUCGUCCAAAGCAGUGGCGUGCAAGUAUCAUCAUGAAGAAAGACAUUCUGUCGAUCCAGGAGGUCAAGGAAGAUGACAUUGGGAAUUACACCUGUGAAGUCCAGUUCGGCGGCUUUGUGGUGAGGAGGACGACUGAACUCACAGUAACGGCUCCUUUGACCGACAAGCCACCAAAGAUCCUGUUUCCCUCAGAAAACAAGAUUAGCAACAUGGAGCUGCAGCUAGGAAGCGCUUUGAACCUGACUUGCCGGGCGUUUUUCGGCUACAGUGGUGACGUCAGCCCGCUCAUCUACUGGAUGAAGGGAGAGAAGUUCAUAGAGGACUUGGAUGAGGAGAGGGUCCAGGAGAGCGACAUCAAGAUUGUUAAGGAGCACCUGGGCGAACAGGAAGUGGCCAUUUCCUUGACUAUUGACUCCUUGGAGGAGGAGGACCUGGGAAAUUAUUCAUGUUAUGUGGAAAAUGGAAACGGUCGACGCCAAGCUACCAUCCAGCUCCUCAGGCGCGCAGAGCUCAUGUACACUGUGGAGUUGGCAGGCGGGCUGGGAGCGAUCCUGCUGCUACUCAUCUUCCUCAUCUCCCUCUACAAAUGCUACAAGAUCGAGCUGAUGCUGUUCUAUAGGAGGCACUUUGGCAGCGAGGACGUGGACGGAGAAAACAAAGACUACGAUGCAUACCUGUCCUACACCAAAGUGGACCCUGACCAGUGGAGUCAGGAAACCAGAGAGGAGGAACGCUUUGCACUGGAGAUCCUCCCCGACGUCCUCGAGAAACAUUACGGCUACAAGCUCUUCAUCCCAGAUCGGGACCUCAUACCAACUGGAACCUACAUAGAGGAUGUAGCUCGCUGUGUGGACCAGAGCAAACGCCUCAUUAUAGUUAUGACACCCAACUAUGUGGUGCGGCGAGGCUGGAGCAUCUUUGAGCUGGAGACGCGGCUGCGCAACAUGCUUGUGACUGGCGAGAUCAAAGUCAUCCUGAUCGAGUGUGCCGAGUUGCGCGGCAUCAUGAACUACCAAGAAGUGGAGGCUCUCAAGCAUACCAUUAAAACCCUCACUGUCAUCAAGUGGCGCGGCCCCAAGAGCAACAAGCUCAGCUCCAAGUUCUGGAAGCAGCUGCAGUACGAGAUGCCGUUCCGGCGCACAGAGCCCAUGCUCACCCACGAGCCGGCGCUGGACGUCAGCGAGCAGGGCCCCUUCGGAGAGCUUCAGACCGUCUCCGCCAUCUCCAUGGCAGCGGCCACCUCCACCGCCAUGGCCACCGCCCACCCUGAGCUGCGCUCCUCCUUCCACAACACCUACCACACCACCAUGAGGCAGAAACACUACUACCGCAGCUACGAGUAUGACUUACCCCCUGGAGGGACCCUGCCACCUCUGUCUUCUCUGGGGAACCAGCACACCUACUGCAACAUCCCGCUCACACUGCUGAACGGACAGAGGCCACCGGGGAAGAGCCGAGAGCACAGCCUGGAGGAGGCGCACGCUAACAACGCCAUGCUCCCUCUGCUGCCCAGAGAAACCAGCAUCUCCAGCGUCAUCUGGUAGUGAUGGUCAGACUCAGCACCAGAGCAGGAAGAUCAGCCAGGCUCAGACACAGCUCAGCUCUGUCUGGUAGCUCGUAGGGACGCAGCUUAUGGUCGAGAUUACCGAGAAAUCUAUUUGAUUCCAACUGUCAUCAAGCGGCAGCGAGUGAUGACAAUUCAGCAGGUGUUUGGACAAAGUGUCUCUUGCUUUUUCAAGCUGACACAAUCUGUUACAGGGGAUGCUUUCUAUUUGGAACUACAGGAGUUAAAAUGUAAACACUGUUUCAUCAACUAGCGAGAAAUGGACUCGGGAGGACUCCUUCCACUCACUAUGGCAAUUGUGCACACACCUGCAUACACACACAUACACACACACACACAAAUGUGCAUACAUUCAAACAAAAGGAAAACAGGGUCUUGUACAUAUAUUUCAAUUUAUUUGUAGCAUCAGUGUUUUCCUGUUUCGUUCUUUUGUUUGUUUUAUUCAAUCCUGUCUGUUGCCUUCUCUUCUGUAGGAUUUUGCUUUAACUUGUUCUAAAGAGUUGCAUAUUUUUAUUCUUUUCUCUUUUUAGUUUGUUUUUUAUUCUUAUUUCGAUGCACUCGUUUUGAAAGCCAGUACGUCACCAACCUGCGCUGUGUUUUUUCUGUUUGUUUGUUUUUAAUCUUUGUGUAGUUUAAGAGAACAUUUUUUAACACUUAUCUGGAAUUGCCUGGACAUUUCAGGAGCUUCGAGGAGCUGAAACUUCUUUUUGUUUACCUGUAAAAGGUGUAUCUAGUUUAAAAGGAAACUCUCUUUUAAAAAAUCAUAGAAUAUGCAAAAAGAAGGAGGAGCUGGCAAAUACACACCGUCUUGUGGGACCGAGGAGGAGGAGCGGUUGGGGGGGCCACGCUUGUCCUCUCCAAUCAGAACGACAGACUGGCAGAGCUCUCUCUAAAGCUUCAUAUUUUCUAUUGAAACAAACAGCCUUGCUGUUUUAGAGUGAUAGUGAAAUGCCUCACCUUAAAAAGAAAUCUGUAGAUUAUUUUAAAAAGAAUUCUAUUUUUAUAACAGAAAAGAGUUUGCUUGAGAAGUCAUACUUAUUUGCAUUUCAUCCACCACAGGACGGGGAUUUGUGUAUAAGUGUUAUGCUGGUUUUGUACACUUGCAACGUGGUUCCUGGUUUGUUAAGAGAUUAAGGUGGCUUUUGAAUCCCACAUGAAAAAAUAUGUCCUCUCUGUUUGAGAUUCAGAAGUAAAGCAUUUUCAAUGUUUUGGUUUUUCAAACAUAAUAUUCUUCCCAUCCUUUGGUUCAUAUGGAUAGUUCAUGUUUAAGGAAAGAAAAGAAUACAUUUGUGUUUUGACAGACUUUUUAAAUAUAUUUGAAGGUGUGAUUUUUGAGUAUGCAUAGCAAAUAGAUAUGUAUUCUAUAUAUAAUAUAGAUAUUUAUAUAAAUAUAUAAACACAAUUUUCACUUGGAAAGAAAUGUCUAUCUUUAUAGAAACACAAUCAUUAUCAGUUGCCCUUACUUUCUCACUGCACAUUAAAAACAUUGAUUUCCUUUUG